UGGGGUUCCACGACUUGUGGAGCUUGCGGCUCCACCUUAGUCAGUCUCUGGCGAUCGAACGGUGCACACCUGCUAGCGGGGUAUUGUUUUGUUUUUGGUGAAAUUCGUUCCAUUAUUAACGUUGCUUAUGUGCAAAAACUAAUUGAAAAUAUCGUGCAAUAGAAAGAGAAAUAGAAAAGGAAAACAAUAAUCAGAAAACAUCAAUCACAAAAAUCUGGCGAAUUGCAAUCGCAUGAUUAAUGGCAGCGUUUUGAGCAUAAAUCUACAUGAGGAAAGCAGAAAGAUGCCACCACAAAUUUCAAUUCAACAAUAAAACAAUCUAAAAAAAACACACACACACAACAAAAACCACAGAAAGAUAGAAAACCCCAAAGUGUGGCACAGAAGCAAGGAGGAGGCUGAAGAAGGAGCAUUGAAUUUAUGCAAAAAUGCGACGAAAGCCACAAAACUUAACAGAAAGUAAACAAUCGAGUAGUAGAGACGAAGACGCAGACGCAGACGGAGACGAAGGCGGCGGAACUGUCCAUAGAGGUGGCACCUUCUCAGCGUCAGCCUUCUCCAACGAUCCCAACAAUAGAAUGCCAAGAGACCAUCGACACAUGAUGGCCAUGUGGCUGGCAUUGCUGUUGUUGUUCGUACAAACAACGGUGGCACAGCACGAGAGCAUCUCACAGAUCUCGCCCAAGUCGAGCAGCCAACGCAAUGAUCGUCUGAGCAUCGAGAGCACCAUUGCGGACUCCAUCAAUGGCCUGGCCGAGAGCCAGUCCACGCUGCAGGACGACAACGACAACGACAACGAGAACGAGACGCGGGCGGAGCGAGUCGAGCGCUCGGCCUCGCCCAUUCUGCAUGACCAGCACAACGCGGGGUAUGGGGCGAAGGCGGGCGUCGGGCCCAACGAUGUGCAUUUCCCCCAGGAUCAGGAGAAGGACGUGUCCGCGGGCAGGUACUUCCACUAUAACAUCAAGCCCACGGGCACCUACGACAGCCAGGAGGAGCAGCCCGAGCAGACGCAGAGGAUCAGAGCGGGAAAAACUUUGUCGGGGAGCAGCAGCAGCAGCAGCAGCAGCUUGGAGCAGUCUUUUUUAGGGAAGGGGGGCCUGCGACCGCUUACGUCGGGGUCCCCAAUCAGGCCGAGUCCGAGCAGUACUGUCACCUCGCCGACGGCGGCGGGGGCCAGUGCCACCCAGGCGCCGCAUAGUCCCCGGCAGAACGGCAAUCCGGACAUCCAGGACAUCAUCACGGGCAUUGUGAAGCUGCUCAACGGCAACGUCAAUGUCCACGCAAACACGCAGGGCGUCGUGCGCCGGCCCUCGGCCAGCAGGAUCAACAAUCGGGGACCGCCGCGGAUAUCGGAGACGCAGAAUCUGCCACCCAUCGACUACGAAGCCCAGAAGCCGGGCACUUCGAUGCGUCCGCCGCCGUAUCCCUUCGACCGACCGGAGCGACCCUUCAUCACGGGCGUGCCCAUUCCCGAGCAGAUUGUGCCCCUCCGGCCAGGGUUCGUCAGCAAUCGGCCGCCCUGGUACCGCAACAAGCCGCGUCCGCCCAUCACCACGAGUGUGGGUGGCAGUCGACGCCCCCUGCCGCAGUACAAACCCCUUCCAGGUCCCCAAGUGGUGCCACAAGCCCCACCACCCCAAGAGCAGCAGGAGCAGCACCACCAGCAGCAGCAGCAGCAGCAGGAGCAGUCGUUGCAGCCGCAGGAUGACAGUGUCCUGCCCACGGAUACCACCUACGACUCGGAGUUCUCCAACGAGGAUGCCAAUGCGCAGUACAUUGAGGUAUCCGACCAGGACACAGAUGCCACCGGCGGUGGCGAAAUCGAUGAUGAACUGCUGCAGCCGCCUCCUGCCGCACCCUCAACGCCCAAUCCGCCCACAAGCACGCCGACAGCGCCCAAGAAGAAGCACAAGCCAAAGCCCGUCGUCAGCGAGAAGAAGAAGGUGUCGCAGGAGGAGCUGGAGCUGCCACUAGAUGGUGGUGGUGGCUACACCACCAUCGUGGAGACCAGCUCCGUGGUGAACACCGUCAUGGGCGGCAUGGCCUCCACCUACGUGCCCAUGCCGAUGGACAGCUCCGAGGGCCUGGAACUGGAUCCCUCCACCGAGGAGGUGAUCUUCAUGACGGCCAGUCGCACACCCGGCCUGGAGACGAGUGCCACCUCGGCUAUCAGCACCUCGGCUAUCAGCACCUCGGGCAUCACGACGGCCACUCCGUCGCUGUCCAUUGAACCUUCGUCCUCCAAAGAACCCACCACUACCACUACUAGCACCACAACCACCUCGAGUACAACCCCGAGUACCACCUCCACCUCAACCACCACCACAACCACCACAACCACUACCGAAAAAGCGCCCAGUUCCAACUCCAACUCCAACUCUAACACCAAUGCCACUCCGCCUGCCCCCUACCAUCCCCGACCCGGCAUCGUUCUCGACGAUCCCGAAUUCAAGCCCGGCGGCAGGCCACGUCCAGCUGGCAGCCAGCGACCGGUGGUGCCUCCAGCUCCAGCGCAGCCUAAUCCGCCCAUCCAACCCACACGGCAGCAUCUGCCGCCCGGCUAUGGGGAGAUCUUCGAUGUGACACUGUCAGCCAUCCAGGGGCCGGGGCCCAAGGGCAGCGGCUCCAAGCAGACGAUCAACAUCAAGCCGUACGGAUCGUAUGGAGCGGGUGGCCAGGGUGGACAGAGGCAGGACGACAUCAUUGUGUCGGCAUCAGGUGACGAAGGCUUCGUCUCGAUCGAUGGCAAGCGCACUUACAUCAAUCUCUUUGGUGAUCCCACAGAUCCGCCGGCGGGCGCCACAACACCGGCCACACGACUGCCCCAGUUGCCGGGCGCUGGAACAUCUUCGGGAGGUGGUAUUGUUGGUCUUGGUGGUGGUGGUUCGGGUUCUGCCUCAUCGGCAGCGGCUCCACCCGCGAAUGCCGUCACUCAGAGCAGCGGUGGCUAUGUCGUGCCCGAAACGGAAGUGGUGGAUCUCCAGGGACAGAGCCAGUCGACCGGAACGGCCGCAGGAGCAGCCACAACAAAUGCGGGGCCCACGCGGCCCCACUAUCGCCAGCGUCCCACGUCGCCGCCAGUGCGGAUUGACACCUGCAUCGUGGGCGACGAUUCCACCUGCGAUCAGGCGCAGCAUGAACGCUGCAAGACGGACAGCGGCGUCUCCAGUUGCCACUGCAGGCCAGGCUACUCCCGUCGCAAGCAUCGGGAGCCGUGUCGUCGGGUCAUCUCCUUCCAUUUGGGCCUGCGCGUGGACCGCAUCUAUGAGCAUCGCAUCGUGUGGGACCACAAGCUAAUGGAUCGCCACAGCGAACCCUUCGGACAGCUCAGCUAUGAAUCCAUUCGGGCGCUGGACUCGGCCAUGUCAAUGACGCCCUACUCGGAUGAGUUUAUGGAGGCCAAGGUGAACAAUAUCUACCGGGGAGAUCCCAAUCUGGGCGGCAACGGCGUCUACGUGAACAUGACCCUGAAGCUGGACGAGAGCGUGGAGACACUGCGUCCCAAUCUGCGCAGCGAUGUGCAGAAGCAUCUGCUGGGCGUGCUGCAUCGCCGGAACAACAAUAUUGGCAACUCCGUUCUGUAUGUGAGCUCACCGGAGGGCGCCGUCUCGCCGCUGCAGGAUCUCGAUGAAUGCCAGUCGCCGGAUCUGAACGACUGCCAUCCCGGUGCCACAUGCAGCAACACUUGGGGCAGCUUCCGGUGUGCGUGCGAGGCGGGACUGCGCGAUCCCUGGGCCGAUCAGCCACAGCGAGCGGGCCGCGAGUGUCAGGCGUGUCUGGACUCGUUCUGCAACAACCAUGGCACCUGCAGCUACAACGACGAGGGCAGCCAGAUCUGCACUUGCGACUCGAGCCAUUACGGUGCACAGUGCGAGAUCGAUGGCGAGGUGCUGGGCGUGGCCAUAGGCGCCUCCGUGGCGGCCAUCAUCAUCAUUGUCCUCACACUGGUCUGCCUGAUCAUGUGGUCCCGUCGCUGGCAGCGCGAGCAGAAGAACGCCAUGGGAUCGCCCGUCUUUGGCUACAUGAACACGGCCCCGCUGAAGUCUGCGGGACUGCCGCAGGCUGGCUACCAGGUGACGCUCGAGGAUCGCAUGCGGUGGGCCCAGAUAGCCGAUGUCAUGGCCCAGACGAAUCACUAUGGGGCGGAGCCCAUUGGACCCACGCGUCCCUCCUCGGCCAUGUUCGCGUACCCCAAUCUGGGAGCCAUGGGCAUGGGCAUGGGCACUAUAGGAGGGAUGUCGCUGCAGAGCACCAUGCAAAUGCAUCCGAGUGCCACUCUGGCGCCGCCAGUGCCAUUGCCCAGAAGACUUGGCCUGGGUCCGCGUUCUAAUGGAAUGCGAACGCUGGAGAAUUCCAGCUCGAGCGAGGAGGAGGAUCGGGCGGAUCUGCUGGGACGCAAUUUCCAAGUGCCACGCCCAAAGAGUCGCAGCAAUGGCAGCAUAGCGAAUCAGUCGGGCAUCUACUACGAUGUGGACUACGAGCCAUCGGGCCACGGCAUUGGCAACAGCAGCGUGGAUCAUCUGUACGGAUCACAGAACCAGUCGGUGACGCAUUCAUCGGGCAACAAUCACAUGCCAGGGCCCCAGGGCAUACCAAUGAGCACAUACACCUCCGGUCGGGCGCCCAGCAGCUACUACAUGAAGUGACCAGCGUCCCGUUGGUACUGGAGGAUGGGAGCGCAUCCUAGUUAACCCUGUGUACAUAUGCAUCUGCUAGCAUUAGAGUAUCGAUCGAUGUCAGUGGCCCUAAAAUACUUUUCCACUGCAGUCCCCGCGGCGACUGCAGCUGAGACGCGUUUUGUGCGGAUUCCCCUGCCCCAGCCCAGCCCCUGCCCCACACAUUUAGAAUGAGAAGCGUAGACUUAGGACUUAGACUAUCCCAUAGGUUCGAAUUAGGAUUACGCUAUGCAAAACGACAACUAAUCAUUAAUUGUAAACUUUAAACUAAACCUAAACCUUUAAAUUAUUAAUAAUAAAAAUACAAUCCAGUUGAAGUCAAAACCCAUGAAAUUAGCCUUAGUUUGUAGCAAUCUAUCGAUUUAGUUAGGUUUCCCCCAAUCCCAUACCAAUAUAUGUAUGUAGUUUGUGUGCAUGUAAAUAAACAUAAAAUAAAAGA